AUGAAUGUCAUGUACUGUCAGCUUUCAGUAGGUCAGCCUAGGCUGCUUGGUCCUCCUCAACCAAUAGUGGCGAUACUUGGUGAUGAUGUCACUUUGCGAUGCCACCUGCAGCCUGCCUGGGAUGUCAGUACCAGGACAGUGGAGUGGGCAAGACCAGACCUGGAGCCCAGCUUUGUCCAUGUGUGGCGUAAUGGUCCGGAUCCUCUGAUUGAUCAACAUCCGUCCUACAAGGGCAGAACGUCUCUGAUCAUGGACAAACUGAAGCAUGGAGACGUUUCACUGAAACUCUCUGAAGUGAAACUCUCUGAUGAAGGAAAAUACAGAUGCUUUAUUCCUACACUGUCUAAAGAAACUACAGUGGAGCUUGUUGUUGGUGCUGCCUCCUUUCCUGUCCUCAACGUGAGCAAAAGCAGCAGUGGAGUGGUUUUAGAGUGUGAAAGUAAAGGCUGGUACCCAGAGCCUGAGCUGUUUUGGCUGGACGCUGAGGGAAAGCUCCUCUCUGCUGGAGCUCCAGAGACAGUCAGAGGUCCUGAUGGCCUCUAUACUGUCAGCAGCAGAGUGACUGUGGAGAAGAGCCACAGCAACAGUUUCACCUGCAGGGUUCAGCAGCUCAGCAUCAACCAGAGCAGGGAGAUGACGAUUCAUGUUUCAGAUGAUUUCUUCAUUGACACACCUACAGCUAGACCAAGACCCAGCAGAGAGAAGGAGACAAGACUAAAUCUGUGA